CACACCACAUGGUAAAGAUGGCGGAUGAAAGAUUUGUACGAACACUAGACUGUUGAAGGAAUUACAUUUGUUUCGCACUCAACUUCACCGGUUUUCGAACAUCAUCGUUAUGUUAGGGAAAGUAGGAGCUUCUGGAUUCAAAGUGUUUUCGCGAUUUAGCCGGGGAAUUAUUACAAAGCACUCGAUUUCGAUCCCAAAUAGGCCGAAUGUUUGUCCCUCUUUCGAGCUGUACAAAUCCUUAUGGAGAAGUUCYACGAGAACUCUUUGCAAUGAGACUGUAGUUGGGAGUCAAGGAACYGUUUUGUUUAACGUCCAAAGCUCUGCAGAAUCUGAACUGAAAAAAGCGAGAGACAGCAUUCAUGAUUUACAGACAGUGAAUGACUUUGAAAGUAAAAAUGCUUGGUUUGGGAAAGAGUUUGCUGCACAAUCACCUAGUACGUAUUCCAAUGUGUCAGUCAAGGACGAAUUUACUAAUGAUAUAAGCGAUGAUAAUGAUGAUACAAGCAGUGAGAGAAACUCAAGCAAGUGUACAACUGGAGUUCAGCCUUUAGAUAUAAACCAAAUGUCACGGUUUCAAUUGCCCGAAAACUGGCUUGUCGAAAAAAUUGGAUCGCAAGGGAUUCAAUUUCCUGGUCAGAUUUAUGUAAUCAAAAGUAUUCAUGAUGAACAUCUAUAUAUGAACGUGUUGAAGGAUUUCCUUACACAAAAAGUGCUAGGAUUUGAUACUGAACAAUGUCCAAUUAACAACAAUCUAUGUGUAAUCCAGUUAGCAACUCRUGAUAAAGCAGUGUUAUGGCAGUGUUUGAAUUUUGAAAAGAUGCCGCAUUACUUGAAAAAGUUAUUAACUGGAAGUGUUCCUAAGGUUGGUCAUUCWUGCUUAGAUGAUGCCAUGAUGAUAUCAAGGAAAUUCAGAGAGGAUCCUAUCAACUUGAUUGACACACAUUGUUGGGCAAAAGACAUGGACUGUUGGCCGAAAUCCCUGCAGGGUCUUUGUGAAAUAUUCCUUGGCGAAAAAAUAUCAAAAACACAUCAAAGGUCAAACUGGAAGAAAAGAAACCUUUCUCCUGCACAAAUAAGAUAUGCAGCCACAGAUGCUUGGAUGUCUCUCAGGGUCUAUGAAGAAAUGAAAAAACAAGCUGAGGAGUUGGAUAUUACAUUAACUCCAAUGUACAAAACUCUACAGCAAAGAUWUGAUGAAAUUCUAAUUACUAGAAGAGAAAAGAGACGACGAAGAAGGCAGAUAGUCAAACAGAAAAAGAGAGAAAUUAAAGCUAUGAGCCAGCUCCAGCAGAUGACAGACUCUAGCAAAGAAAAAACUUGUGCUGAUUUGACAGUUUCUUUGAACCCUGUUGUUUCAAAUGAUGCAGAUGCCGGUAUGACUUGCAAGGACAGUGUACCAUGGAAUAAUGAAUAUSCAAGUAGUGAGGAUGACGGCAUUGAUGAUGUUGGUAAUGCUGUUGAAAUGGAAAAGGAUAGUGAGAAAAAAGGCAUYGGAAGCAGACAAAGACAUAAGAAGUUCCUUGCAAAGUUUCAUAGUCUUGAAUAGUAGACACAAUAAACAUGUCAUAGUCACUCAAUAAGUGUAGCCGUCUCCCCAGGUAAUCAGGCAACUCUUUUUUCUCCUUUGGGCUUCCUUUGURACGGUCAUAUUGACUGCAAGGGACUCCCUUCUCUGGCUCCCAUUCUCCAUCUUCUUGUCAGCAAAAAGACAGGAAGUCCAUGGCUCUUAGUGAGGCCCKUGGAGGAGGCUAUAAUAAGUACAGUUAUCAGCAUUUCGGAAAAGUAACAAGAAUGUGUUUUUGUAAUAGCAAUUUCCAAAUAAAUACAUUUUAUUUUAUUAA